AUGACACAGAAAAGUGAUGAAAUGAAGCCACCUAGUCGAUCGAGAGUUGUACUAUCUCAGUUGUUCGCAUGCUUGGCACUGAACUUCCUAUUAGUAGGACUCGGAAUGUCCUUAAGCUUCGUCACCGUGGUUCUACCUGAAGUGUUAAAUGCGAAAGAGGGGCUUUCCAUCAACAAGCAGCAAGCGUCGUGGUUUGGUAGUAUGGCAUUUCUCUGUCAACCUCUUGGCAGCAUAUUUUCGGGCCCGUUAUUAGAUUACUUCGGGCGGAGAAAGGCUUUGUUCUUAGUGAACAUACCACACAUUUUCGCAUGGCUACUGAUGUACUACGCAUGGGAUGUGACAUCGCUGUUCAUGGGCAAUGCUCUUCUGGGUAUUGGCAUAGGAAUAAUGGAAUCACCUUCUGUUACAUACGUCGGAGAAGUAACAGAUCCUUCCAUUCGUGGAUUCCUUACUACCCUGACCAAUAGUUUUACAUCUGCUGGCAUGUUUGUUACGUACUUACUAGGCACGGUACUGCCAUGGAGACAGGCGGCACUUGUGUCUCUCACUAUACCUGUAGCAACUAUGGCCCUGGUACUGUUGGUUCCAGAAACUCCAAUCUGGUUACUAUCCAAAGGCCGGCAAAAAGAAGCAUUAAGGUCCCUAUGUCGACUCAGAGGAUGGGCCAAGCCGGAAUAUGUUAAGGAGGAGUUCGAGCAACUGCUUCAAUACCACGAUGCUAUCAAGCAGUGUGUUAUCUGUGCAAAAGAAGGCAGAAGUGAUACAGACCAUUGUGAACAUUCAAAUUAUAACAUCAUUAAGAGGAUUAUAAUAAAGGUCAAACAUGUAUUACUCGUAAAAGAGACGUUAAAGCCAUUCGCACUAGUUAUGGCUUACUUUUUCUUUCACGCUUUUAGUGGAUUUUUUCCUGUUCGACCGAAUAUGGUUAACUUUUGUAAAGCAUUGGGGAUGAAGUAUGAUGCUAAAACCACUGCGGUAGUCGUGGGAGCUGUAUUCAUAGUUAUGAAUGUAACAGCAGCUGUAAUAGUAAAAAUGACGGGGAAAAGAAAACUCGUCAUCGGUUCUCUUUUAGCAACAGCUUUUUGCAGCCUUGGUAUUAGCGUCUACGCAAGCAACAAAAUACCUACAUCCGUCUUCUCUUACGAAGCUAACACAUUUCCCGAAGUGAAAGAGACUUUUCCAGUUAUACUUUUUAUGGCAUUGGUGUGCUUUACGAGCUUAGGGAUCCCAUGGGCUUUACUAUCCGAAGUUUUUCCUUUUAGGAGUCGAGGUACUGCGACUGGACUCGCUGCAGCUUUAAAUUACCUUAUAUUUUUCAUGGCAACAAAGACGAACUAUAAUUUAGAAGCAAGUUUCCACAUAAGCGGUACAUUUGCUAUCUACACAGCUCUUACAUUCAUCGGAAGUUUGUAUUUGUAUUUUUUCUUGCCAGAAACUGAAAAUAAGACUUUAGUUGAAAUUGAAGCUUACUAUAAAGGUCAUCAAAAAAUAUUUGCUGACGAUUUUCUUAUAAACGCAUUCAGAAAAGAAAAAAGUGUCAAUCUUGAGGCGAAUAAACCUAUGCUAGUCAAUUAA